UUAUUUAUUGUCUUAACCAUAGAGGAAGGUCUUAACACAUUUUUAAUUUUUAUUAUUUUGAAUUUGAAUUAAUUUUAUUUAAUAAACACGUUUAUUGUUGAAUCUUAUAAAAUUGGUUAGUGAAAAUGGGGACACGAUUACUUCAAAGAUUGAUUAUACCGAUAGUAACGAAUACAAGAAAUGGAACCCCUAACCUUUUUCGAAGUAACGUAGGAAUUAUUUCUGUGAAUACAAAUACAAUCGGAAUAAGGAAUUAUGCUAAAAAUAAAGACAAAGGUAAAGAUAAGAAAGGUAAGGGUGCGAAAGUUGAAAUAAACCCAGCUAUGAUGGCGGAAUUAGUAGAUGUCGAUAAACUAAAAAACCGAUGCCAAGCAGCUAUCGAAAAAAUGAAAGAUGACUUUGCGAAGAAUCUCUCAUUACGAUCAACAACUGGCUCGAUUGAAUCUCUAGCAGUCAAAUAUGAAGGCAAAGAUUAUGAAUUACAGGAGCUUGCUCAGAUAAUAAGAAAAAAUCCAAAAACACUUGUCAUAGAUUUUACAUCGUUUCCUCAAGUUAUACCUGAUGUUCUGAAGGCAAUACAUGGUUCAGGAUUAAAUUUGAACCCUCAGCAAGAUGGAACUCGGUUAUAUGUACCUGUGCCUAAAGUGACAAAAGAGCACCGUGAGGCUUUAGCAAAAAAUGCCAAAGCAUUAUACAUAAAGUGCAGAGAUGCUAUGAAAGAUGUACAGAAUGAAUUUGUUAAGAAGACCAAGAAACAGACUGGUGUGUCUGAGGACUUAGUUUUUAAUGUCACUAAGCAGAUUGGAGUUUUAUGUGAACAGUAUCAAAAUGAUGCAAAGAAUAUCUAUGACACCAAACAUAAUGAACUGGUGGGAAAAUAAUAUAGAAGCAUUUAUUUGAAAGACUUGAUUUUUCUAUGAAUUAUGUUAUUCAAUGAAUAGUUAUUUAGUAUAGGACAUAAGAUCAUAAUAAACUUUGUUGAACUUA